UGGUAUGUCAGUGCUGCCGUUGAACCUGAUUAAAGGGACACGCAGUGUGGUGUACGAGCGUCUGGAGAACACUGAAGAUAUUGAAGAGGUUGAACACCAGAUGGAAAAGAUCAAAGCCAAGUGUGAGGACGGGCGUCCUCUGUCGUCGCGGGACCGUCGUAACCUCCAGGAGUUUGAGGACAAGCUACAGGUGCUCCAGAGGAGGGGCAGGCACCUGGAGAUAGCAGAGAGUCACUGCUGCACCAAGGUUGGAUCUGCCCUCAGACCACUCAAGAUUCUGCUGGGAAUUUUCUUCAUCCUGGUUGCUCUGCUGUUUGUUGUUGCUCUGUUCAUUUCAAAUUUGGACAAAGCUCUUCACUCUGCUGGCAUCAGUUCUGGCUUCAUGGUGUUUGGCACCAACCUGACCAACCCUCUGAAUGAACUCCUGCUGACUCUACAGCCU